UUCGUUGCUUUUGAUCUAAGGCUUCUUUCUCAUUUUGUUUCAAGAGAAAGAGAGAAUCAGAGGCCAUUCUUUCAAAACAAUAAAACCUCAUUACCUUCUAAAGUAUAAUUAAAAAAAAAAACUUUACUGUUUAUUUAAUUUUCAUUAGAAAUUGUCUUUUUGGGGCACCCUAAUUACCAGACUAUAGGUUUGAUAUUCGGGUGCCUCUUUCAAUUGUGGGAAUCAGAAUCUUAUUGUUAAAACGACAGAGAGAUUCCACAGUUUGUGUUGGUGCGAAUAAUAGCGGUUGAAAAUGUUAGGGGAUUUUAUUAACCGUUGUCUCAUACUUUUGCUUGGGUAUGCAUACCCUGGAUUUGAAUGCUAUAAAACAGUGGAAAAGAAUCGGGUUGAUAUUGAGGAACUUCGCUUUUGGUGCAAAUAUUGGAUUAUUGUGGCACUCUUCACUGUAUUGGAAAAGUUUGCUGAUAUAUUUCUUGCAUGGUUGCCAAUGUAUGGAGAGGUGAAAUUGGUGCUCUUUGUCUACAUGUGGUAUCCUAAAACUAGGGGAACCGGUUACAUUUAUGAGACAGUGUUGAGACCCUACGUAUCAAAGCAUGAAAGUGACAUUGACAGGACAUUACAAGAGUGGAAGGCUAGGGGAUGGGAUUAUGUAAUAUUUUAUUGGCAAUAUUGCACACAAUUUGGACACACUGCAUUUGUCCAAGCUCUUCAACAAUUGGCUUCUCAAUCUUCAAAACUCACCACUAAGUCCACUACCCCGAAAAACGAGGAGCAAGGUCAAAACGGUGAACAAACCUCUACAAUGCAAUCAUCUUUUAUGAAGCAAAAUAGUUCACUAAGCAAAAGCAAGAAAUGGCCAACAAGCCCACCAGCAUCACCAAGUACAAUAAUCAACCGUCACACCUCGGCGACACAAAAAUCCCAAACAACACAUGUUAAUGUUGUUGAAGCCCAAUCUGAAUAUUAUGAGGAGGAGGAAGAUACAUGGGAGUCGAAUAAAGAUGAAGGGCAAGAACAAGAUGAAUCGCGCGUGAGUGUGAGCGUGAAGGAUAGAAUCAACCGAGCGCGUGCACGACUCAGACGAUUAGAUACACAAAAUCCUCGAACCCCUAAAACUCCGCAACGUCAACAAUUGUAAUUACCGCGCGUGAGUGUGUGAGCUUGAAUGAUACACAAUCCUCAAACCCCUGAAACCCCACAACCUCAACAAUCGUAAUUCAAUGAUUGUACAUAUUAUAUAGCAUAUUAAUUAAAUCUUGUGAAAACAAUAAUUGGGAAAAUGAAAAUUAGACUCUCUUUCUCUUUUGUUUUUAUAUCUAAAAAACUGUCAUUUGUUGAUA